CUCUUUUGUGAGCCUGUGGAUAGAACUUACCUUUUACUCUAAUGAUAUUCUUCUUUUCCCCCCGGGGAACAGAAUCCAUCUCAUCAGCGAUAUCUUUGUCCAGUGAUCCAUUAAUCACGACUGUUGUCGGGGCAGUGGGCAGUCAUCUUUCCGGGUACUGGGAUCACUGCAAUUUCUCCUUUGUCGAGAAGGGAUUCAAUAAUCUUGUGAUGUCGUGAAAGUCCUGAAAGAGUUGGCUAUGUUCCCUGAUAAAGCAGAGAAAGUGGUCUUACCAUUUUGAGGGAGGGUAGUGACAGCGACUUCGUCACCAAACAUAUGCCCUAAUUCUGCCUGGACAUGCUCUUAGGUACCAGAUGGGCCGGCCGGCCGCCUUGACGAGUUUUUGGGCAUCCUACAUUACCGAAAUCAAAGCCGGAGGGCCCUCGAUAGCGUUGAAUGGCCACUCCCGUUCGACCCUUGGUGUAGUAAACUCAGUCAUGACUGCUGAUGGUAAACAACCAGCCCAAGACUUCGACAGAAAGAAGGUCAAAGAAGAUGUCAAUACUUACUGUACUGCAACGUUAAAAUGGCCAUU